GUCCGUGUGACGUCAGCGCGUCGUCAAUUUGUGACGCCGUGUCCCUUUGUUGGCUUAACAGCGGCGACGUUUUGUUAUUUUCGCAGCUGCCUGGAAAACAAGCUCGGAUUGUUUCGCCUCCUUUGGCUCAUUCGGCGAGCAACCGCGCGCACGCACGCACGCACACUGUGUUGAUAGAUAGACCGACCUCUAGGUGAGUUUGUCACAAGUUGAUAAGCGCCCCUAGGAAUGGACUCAGACGAGGGUUAUACCUAUGAAUACGACGACGAAGAGGAGGAAUGUAGCGAGGACAGCGGCGAAGAGGAGCCUGAGGACGACACCUUGGAGCUCGGCGAGGUGGAGUUGGUCGAUCCCGUUGUGGCCGCCGCGGAGCGGGACGAGUGCGGCGAUACGGUGGGAGGCGGUCAAGGCCCCGGCGAGGAAGAGGAGGAGGACUAUCGCUUCGAGGUUUUGACCGCUGAGCAGAUCCUCCAGCAUAUGGUGGAGUGCAUCAAGGAGGUCAACGAGGUUAUCCAGAAUCCUGCAACAAUUACACGCAUCCUUCUUAGUCACUUCAACUGGGAUAAAGAAAAACUCAUGGAAAGGUAUUUUGACGGCAAUCUGGACAAGCUCUUCUCAGAGUGUCACGUCAUCAACCCCAGCAAGAAACCCCGCAUCCGUCCUCCAAUCAACACCCGAUCGUCCGUGCAGGACAUGCCCUGUCAGAUCUGCUAUCUGAUUUUCCCUAACUCUUACUUUACCGGCUUGGAGUGUGGACACAAGUUCUGCAUGCAGUGUUGGGGUGAUUACCUGACUACUAAGAUUAUAGAAGAAGGAAUGGGACAGACCAUUUCUUGCCCUGCUCAUAGUUGUGACAUUUUGGUUGAUGACAACACAGUCAUGCGGCUCAUCACAGACUCAAAAGUCAAGUUGAAGUACCAGCAUUUAAUUACAAAUAGUUUUGUAGAGUGCAAUCGACUGUUAAAGUGGUGCCCCGCUCCAGACUGCCAUCACGUCGUUAAAGUCCAGUACCCAGAUGCCAAACCAGUGAGGUGCAAGUGUGGCCGUCAAUUCUGCUUCAACUGUGGGGAGAACUGGCAUGAUCCUGUCAAGUGCAAGUGGCUGAGAAAGUGGAUUAAGAAAUGUGACGAUGACAGUGAAACUUCAAACUGGAUUGCUGCAAAUACAAAGGAGUGUCCAAAGUGCCAUGUGACCAUCGAGAAAGAUGGAGGGUGCAAUCACAUGGUUUGUCGGAACCAGAACUGCAAAGCUGAGUUUUGCUGGGUCUGCCUGGGACCAUGGGAACCUCAUGGUUCUGCUUGGUACAAUUGCAAUCGCUACAAUGAAGACGAUGCCAAGGCCGCCAGAGACGCUCAAGAGCGCUCCAGGGCGGCCUUGCAGAGGUACCUGUUCUACUGCAACCGCUACAUGAACCACAUGCAGAGCCUGCGCUUUGAGCACAAGCUGUACGCUCAGGUCAAGCAGAAAAUGGAGGAGAUGCAGCAGCACAAUAUGUCCUGGAUCGAGGUGCAGUUCCUGAAGAAGGCCGUGGACGUGCUGUGCCAGUGCCGCUCCACGCUCAUGUUCACUUACGUAUUUGCCUUCUACCUCAAGAAGAACAACCAGUCCAUUAUUUUUGAGAACAACCAAGCCGACUUGGAAAACGCCACUGAAGUGCUGUCUGGCUACCUAGAACGAGACAUCUCCCAGGAUUCCUUGCAAGACAUCAAGCAGAAAGUACAAGACAAGUACAGAUACUGCGAGAGCCGGCGACGGGUUCUGCUGCAGCACGUGCACGAAGGCUACGAGAAGGACUUGUGGGAGUACAUUGAGGAUUGAGGACACGUCCCAAUGCUAUGGACUCGGGAGUAUCUUGACAAAAUAAGAGCGCUGAUGCAAUUGAUCGGGGCAAUAUGGGCCUUCUGCUGCCUCUCCUUUGGCAAACCUUACCACUUUUGCAUCAUUUUCUUUAACAAUAUCGAAGUAAAUUAUAUUUAAAUAAAAAGGUAGAGUCAUCAAAAAAAGAAAGUGUACUACAGUAUUGUUAGCAGCAGAAAGUCCAUCUUAAAACAAAAGCGUACAUCCUCUUGGUUUGUAUUGUAACACCUCCCCUCAGCUUUUCCCUCUUUUUGCUUGUGAAUCUUAUCCCAUUUCUUUUCUUGUUUUUUUUUUUCCCGUUAGUGUGAACAUGUUUUAAACACAGCUUUAAUCGUCCUGGCCACGUCUGCAGUAUGUGGCGCCAGGUUCUUUUUGUGUGCUGGGCUGAUUGUAAAGGGGCAAAGACAUUUCAUAAAAAAAAAAGGAAAAAAAAUGGGGGGGGGGGGGGAAAGUAGUGUCUUUUUUUUUCAGUUUGUAAAUAGUCCAUAUGCAUGGAAGUUAAAGGGCAAGUGUGGCACGUGUUUGCAUCAUUUUGACCUAUUUAUUCUUUACAAACAUCGUAAAAGAUGUUUGGCAAUAAGGAGCAGCGCACAGGUGACCUCACCAGGAGCUCUGAAAGGACACCACAAGCCGGCCAAGGUUUUAAAAGGUGUCCAACACGCGUCUGCUUCUAACCUGCUGCCCGACACACUUCAAGUUUCUUUUUAGAGCUGAUUGUUUGCAAGACUGAGUGACAUUCACUCUUUUGUUUUGAUUCUGUCCCCCAACACGGCUUGAGAUCGCCCAUCUCCGAGCGCCACUUGCACCUUUGGCACGGAAUGUCGUGGCAGUGCUGCUAAGUUGGCGUCCAAACUGUUUGGAGGGCUUUUCUCUUAUUCUUGCUAGGAAUACUCGUAGUGGAGUGAUGUGACUCCUCGCAAAGGGGGGAGGUUGAACAUCAUUUUAAAUGUAUAGAUGUCUCGGUGGUAGGACAAGGUUGCUCUUCAUCUGGGUUAGUUCUUUUUUUAUUAUUAUUUUUGACGAUUUGACCUUAACGAAAUGUCGGUGCCCCAGUGCUGCAGGUUGUGGACGGCUCCACUUGUAAAUACUCCCUUGGUGUUUGUGUUGAACACUGCGGCCUUCUCCGCAGAGGUCGGGCGUGUUCAGGCACUGAUCAAAAGUCACGGGAUUGACAUAGUGUCAACCACCCCUCCUCCCUCCCACCCCCAAAAAAUAAGACAAAAAAUGCAGCCCAUUUCUAUUACUAUGGGGGGGGACAGUUGCGUCUCAAAAUGCUUCUUGUGUUCAGACUUAUUUUAUCCUAGAAAAUUAUAAACUGUAUUGUUUAUUUGAAUAAAUGUCACGAGAAAAUCUGA